AUGACUACUGGCAACCAUUCAGAACUUCCACAGACCGUUCAAGAAUGGCUUGAACUCGACAAAAAGUAUCGCAUCAAAGGCCGAUAUGAUAUCUCUCAAGUCCUGGUCAGGGGCGAAGGUGUACGCGUCUGGGAUGUUGAAGGCAAAGCCUACAUUGACUUCGAGUCAGGCCAAGUCUGCGCAUCGACAGGCCACUGUCACCCAGCUUAUACCAAGGCCAUAGUUAACCAGGCAGGCAAGCUUGUUCAGACAGGCUCCGGUUAUACUAGUCCAUCUCGAAUCCUGCUGGCUCAGAAACUUGCAGAUAUCAUGCCUGGGAAUUUAAGCCGUUCCUAUUUCGCCUGCACCGGCUCUGAAGCUACAGAGGCUGCAAUCCGAAUGGCCAAAGUGUACACCGGCCGAACAGAGAUUGUAGCUUUGACCCGUGGUUACCAUGGAAUGACUCAUGCCAGUCUAUCGGCAACCGGGUUGGGUGGCAAGUUCAAGAGCGUCCCAGGUAGUGGUUUGCCGGGCUUUACACACAUACCCACCCCGUAUAGCUACCGCAGCCCCUACAAAGACGACCAAGAUGACAUGGCUGCUUUUCGUCAAGGAAUCGAAACUAUUCGCUGGACCACGACAGGAAAACCUGCUGCCAUCAUUCUUGAAGUCGUUAUGAGCGUUGCCGGUAUGAUUAUUCCCUCCAAACAAUACGUCCAGGCUAUUCGCGAGUGGUGCACACAGACUGGCGCACUCAUGAUCAUCGAUAAGGCUCAGUCAGGUGUUGGGAGAACGGGAAAAUGGUUUGCCAUUGAACACUUUGAUGUCAUUCCGGACAUUAUUACCACGUCCAAGAGUCUCGGAGGCGGAAUCCCGCUUUGUGGCGUCACCACCACGCCUGAGAUUGCGGACCGUGUUGCCGAACUAGGCUAUCAUCAAUCGUCUUCGCACACUGACGACCCCUUCCUGGCCGCAGUUGGUCUCGCCAACAUUGAGAUUCUCGAGCGUGAGAAGUUGGUACAAAACGCCGAAGUGAUGGGAAGAUAUCUGAAAGAUGAGUUCGAGAAAAUACAAGCCAAGCAUGACAUUCUGGGCGAUGUUCGCGGCUUAGGUCUCAUGAUUGGUCUUGAGAUUGUCCAGAGCAAAUCCAGCAAGUAUCCUUCGCCUCAGCAUGCGAGUGCCAUCAGCGAAUAUUGCCGAGCCAAUGGAUUACUUCUCGGUCAUCGACCAACUGGAGCUGUUAGCGGCAAUUGUAUUCGGAUUUUGCCGCCACUGACACUGACUUAUGAAGAGGCGGAGGAAGCUUUGUCUAUUUUCAGAGAUGCUGUCGCUUACUCUGAGUCGACGGUGGAGGCUGAAUUUGCAGAUGGUACGGCCUGGAUGUGA